AUCAGAUGAUCAGAUUGCCCACUAAGGAGGUGUCUGCCCUAGCAGAGCCCCGGGGGCAGCAGCUGGGCAGGAUGUUCCCCCGGCCCAGGACGAAGAGGGGCCCCAAAGAGUGUCUUUGUUGCCUGUGUCUCACUGCUGUUCUUUGUUUCCAUGUGCCUCUGCGGUCAUGGUGAUGGCUCCCCGGCUUCUCCCGGCUUCUCCCCGACGGGCUGCACGACCCCACCGGCUGCUGCUGGCAACAUCAUGACAACAGAGAAGAGUUUAGUGGCUGAAGCUGAAAAUUCACAGCACCAACAACAGAAGGAAGAAGGUGAGGGAGCCACAAAUUCAGGCCAACAAGAAACUCAGCUGGAAGAGGCUUCUCAAGAGGCAGCUGAGGGAGAUAAUCAGUGUGAGCAGAAGCUGAAAACAUCUAAUGGAGAUACUCCUACACAUGAAGACUUAACCAGAAACAAGGAGCGGACAUCAGAAAAUAGGGGCCUGUCACGGCUGUUCUCCUCAUUUCUUAAAAGGCCAAAGUCUCAGGUUUCUGAGGAAGAAGGCAAAGACGUAGAGUCAGCUAAAGAGAAAUGUGAAGGAGGUCAGAAAGAGAUAGAAUUUGGACCCAGUCUUGAUGAAGAGAUCAUUUUAAAAGCCCCAAUUGCAGCUCCUGAACCUGAACUCAAAACAGACCCAUCCUUGGAUCUUCAUUCAUUAAGCAGUGCAGAAACACAGACAUGGCUGGAUUCUGCCAAAGAAAUAAAAAAGCAAGUUCGUGGUGUCCCCUGGAAUUUCACAUUUAAUGUAAAGUUUUAUCCACCUGACCCAGCACAGUUAACAGAAGAUAUAACAAGAUAUUAUUUAUGCCUUCAGCUUCGACAGGAUAUAGUUGUGGGACGUCUGCCCUGUUCCUUUGCCACCUUAGCAUUAUUAGGUUCUUACACCAUCCAGUCUGAGCUGGGAGACUAUGACCCAGAACUUCAUGGUGCCGAUUAUGUUAGUGAUUUUAAACUGGCCCCAAAUCAGACCAAGGAACUUGAAGAGAAGGUCAUGGAACUGCAUAAGUCAUACAGAUCCAUGACUCCAGCUCAAGCUGACCUGGAAUUUCUUGAGAAUGCCAAAAAGUUGUCUAUGUAUGGUGUUGACCUUCAUAAAGCAAAGCAAGAACAAUAUGAGAGUACCAUUGGAUUCAAACUUCCCAGUUACCGAGCAGCUAAGAAAUUAUGGAAAGUCUGUGUAGAGCAUCACACGUUUUUCAGUAGUAUUGUGACUCUUGCCUUCACUUAUCUUUCCUUUUCCCUUUCUUAUGUAGCAGCAGCUGUUGAUUCAGACCGAAGUCCCCGGCCCACUUCUGCACCAGCCAUUGCUCAGAGUGAGGACACAGAGGUUUCUAAAGCACAGAAGGAAACAGUGAAGGUUGAAGAGCAAAAGGAAGAAGUGCCGCCCGAGCAAGCUGAGCCAGAGCCCACAGAAGUGUGGAAGGUGGAAAAAACCCACAUCGAGGUCACAGUACCCACCUCAAAUGGUGACCAAACACAGCUUGCAGAAAAAACUGAAGAUCUGAUAAGAAUGAGGAAGAAAAAGAGAGAGAGACUAGAUGGUGAAAACAUUUAUAUCAGACAUAGCAAUUUAAUGUUGGAGGAUUUAGACAAAAGUCAAGAAGAGAUAAAAAAACAUCAUGCCAGCAUCAGUGAGCUGAAAAAGAACUUCAUGGAAUCUGUACCAGAACCACGGCCUAGUGAAUGGGAUAAACGCUUAUCCACUCACUCCCCAUUCCGAACACUUAACAUCAAUGGGCAGCUUCCCACAGGAGAAGGAGUGAAGAAAACCUCUGUCCUUCCCUCGGAAAGAAAGGUUGGUGGGCCAGAGUCCCCCAGCUACUUUUUCCCUGAUACAUAUCACUUAGGGGUGUGCAAAGAACCUGUGUCAAAAUUCCAAACUGACCAGAGAAGGCUGGCCCCACUGAGAGAACUUAGAGCCAAGUUUUUCCUUUCAUAGAUAACAUCUCUUGACUAGAUGGCAGAGCACAGAAAUUAGCGGGGGAGAAAAACUUCUCAGUUGGACAAUUGGAAAAGACAACUUACCUUAAAAGUGUCAAAAGUACUUUGCUUAAUGUGAUGUAUAAACCUUCACGAUGGUUGUUAUUUUUAAUCAUGAUUCUGCAAGAGGGGGAGGGAGUCUACAGUUGUUGAGAUUUGUGGGGGGUUUUCGUUUGUUUUUGAUAGACCUUGGAGGCACAUACA